AUGCAGAAAAUUGAGAAGGUGUUGGUUGUGCUGCAGUGCACGGAGGAGCAGAGGGUCUUAUUUGCCACCUAUAAGCAGAUAGGAGAGGUCGAGAGAUGGUGGACUGCUAUAAAACUAUUGAGGGAACAGAGGGCGGUGCCUAUAGCUAUGACUUGGUUCCAGUUUAGAGAAUUGUUCUUUGACAGAUAUUUUUCAGCCACUACUAGAGAAACCAAAGUAGAGGAAUUCCUGAAUUUAAAGCAGGGACAGCAAACAGUCCAACAGUACGCGGCGAGGUUCAUAGAAUUAUCCCGCUUCGUCCUAUAUAUCGUUCCCGAUGAAGCAAAGAAGGCGAGACAGUUUGAAAGAGGUUUGAGGCGUGAAAUAUAUAAACAGGUAGCGGUGCUGAAAGUGCAGGACUUUGCUGAGUUGGUAGACAGAGUAGUUAUGGCAUAG